UCGGCGGAGCGGCUCGGCGGGUGCGGAGCCGCCGCGGCUUCCCCCGCGCUGAAGGGCAGGCGACAGCGACCCGCCAUGGAGAAGGCAGCGGCCGCGGAGCUCCGUCAGAGWGCGCUGGCGCCGCUCACUGCCAUCUGCCUGGUGAAUCUCUUCCUGACUGGGAAAAUAGAAAGUGCUGCUACCUCAUUAGCUGCUUGCAGUGGAGAACUGGAACAGCGCACAGAGAGACGGGGAGUCAUCUAUAGUCCUUCUUGGCCAUCAAAYUAUCCUCCAGCUGUAAAUUGCAGCUGGUACAUCCAAGGAGAUCAUGGAGACAUGAUAACAAUUAGUUUUAAGAAUUUUGAUUUGGAAGACUCUCAGAAGUGUGCACUGGACUGGUUGAUGAUUGGCCCAUCUUCCAAGAGGGAGGAGUACAAAGUGUGUGGAUCUUCCAUACCUCCAUCUUUCAUCUCUGCAAGAGACCACGUAUGGAUAUUUUUUCACUCAGAUGCAUCAAGCUCAGGACAGGCUCAGGGAUUUCGCCUUUCUUAUAUUAGAGGGAAGAUAGGUCAGUCUGUGUGCCAGCCAGAUGAAUUCCAUUGUGCAAACAGGAAGUGUAUUCCCAGUACCUGGAAGUGUAAUUCCAUGGAUGAGUGUGGUGAUAACUCAGAUGAGAAAAAUUGCACUGUCCCUCCAACAGACCCUCCAUCCAGCAUCUGUCCCUCAGGAAUGUUUCAGUGCAGCGCAGCCCACUCCACCAAAUGCUUGAUGAAUGAGCUCAGAUGUAAUUCUGUUAAAGACUGCGGUGAUGGUUCAGAUGAAGAUAAUUGUCCUGAUCUUUCCUGUGGCAAAAGGCUGGGUAAUUUUUAUGGAUCUUUUGCCUCCCCAGACUUAUUCCGUGCUGAUCACAGCAGAUCAGACCUUCGUUGCACAUGGUAUGUGGACACACAGGAUAAUCGGCAUGUUCUGUUGCAGCUCAAUUUGCAGUUAGGCUACAAUGACUAUGUAAAGGUGUAUGAUGGCAUUGGAGAGAGAAGUGAUAAAUUAAUGCAGACAUUUUCUCACCACAACAACAGGCAUUCAGUGAGUGUGGAGUCAUCAAAGGGCCAGCUCACUGUCUUGUAUCAUGCCCGCUCCAAGAGCAUUGGCCAUGGAUUCAAUGCAACGUAUCAGGUGAAAGGUUAUUGCCUUCCUUGGGAGUACCCUUGUGGAAGCAAUGAGGAUUGUUUCACUGAUAAGCAGCAUUGUGAUGGCUGGUGGCAUUGUCCAAAUGGCAAGGAUGAGGAGAACUGUCCUGCUUGCCAGAAGAAUGAAUACCCAUGUGAAGGAAACAGUGGACUUUGUUACUCAAUACUUGACCGCUGUAAUAACCAGAAGAAUUGUCCAGAUGGCUCAGAUGAAAAAAACUGCUUUACUUGCCAGCCAGGAAACUUCCAUUGUGGAACAAAUCUGUGCAUCUUUGAGACUUGGCGCUGUGAUGGCCAAGAAGACUGCCAGGAUGGAAGUGAUGAGCAUAACUGCCUGGUGAUCGUUCCCAGGAAGGUCAUCACAGCUGCUCUGAUUGGGAGUCUCGUGUGUGGCUUGCUGCUAGUGAUAGCACUAGGUUGUGCAUUUAAGCUAUAUUCUCUAAGGACCAGGGAAUACAGAGCAUUUGAGACUCAGAUGACACGACUGGAGGCAGAGUUUGUGCGGCGGGAAGCUCCGCCUUCCUAUGGACAGCUGAUUGCACAAGGGCUUAUCCCCCCRGUUGAAGACUUCCCUGUGUACAAUGCAUCACAAGCUUCUGUGCUGCAGAACAUUCGAACAGCCAUGAGRAGGCAGAUGAGACGACACUCGUCAAGACGGAGCUCAUCUCGGCGGCGCUUGGGCAGGCUCUGGAAYAGACUCUUUCACAGACCACGGGUGAGAGGACAGAUUCCACUCCUGACGCCUGCCSACAUUUCACAGACUACACUGGGUGAUGGAAUCAUCAACAGUGCUGAUGGGACUAUUCAGAGUCCUCCACCUUCCCCAGAAGGACCUAUUUUAGAAGCAAAUGGCCAAGCCAGUGGCCCACAAGAAGCUGGAUGUAGCAGCUUGCAGCCAGAGACUGAAAUCACAGAGCCAUUGCCUUCCAACAGCUUCCAACCGAAUACUUGCACAGCAGCACAUGCAGAGCCUGAGGCUGAAYACAUUGAUAAAUCUUUAAGUGCUGUCUCUGACCAAGAGCGUAAGCAGUCCAGUAAAGUAGAUUCAGGAAAGGCUUUCAGAGAUCCUGUAUCUGAAAGUGUUACAGAAUCGAUCCAUGGAGGAUCAGUAUCCAGGAGGACUGUUCCAGAGGACAAUAGUUUAGGUGGAAGUCAUCCACUGAGUGAGGGUUCAUGUAGAUUACCCUUAAAAAAAUGGGAGUCUGGUUAUCCAGACAGCCCUAUGAAUGUUCAUAUCCAAGUGGAUGGACAAAGCCAGUGUUGCCCUAACUCAUACCCRGAGGAGCCUUUGGAUGUUCAUGCAGCUUGUAGCCAUUCUGUGGAAGUGCCAAUGUUGCAGUCAUCUACUUCCCUCUCUGAAAACAAUACCAGUGAUGAUGAAUCUUUACUUGUUUGCUAAUAAAAGCUUUUGUCCAUGUAUAUUUUGUAACUUCAUUGUUUAAGUGACAAUGCACUUUGUUGAUAGGUGGUAUGUCUUCACUCUCAGCUUUCUCUCUUAAAACCAGUGUGCUUUAAUCCUGUAGUAGUGCARUACAAGAAUAAAUGGGACAAGUUUAUGUCAUCGUUGCUGUUCCUGAAACUCUGAUGGGGCAGAAGUAGACCAGUAUGUGAUGUCAGGGGCUAGAAGAAAAGGUAUGUGUCACAGCAGUUUAGAGGCAUCUSCACCCUCUGGUAUUUCUUCAGUACUUUUACUCACUUUUCAUUCAGUUUUUCUUUUGCCUUUCAGUGKUCUUAUUAAACUAGAGAACUCUGUUGGAACCUCGAUCAGACACCAGUCAUUGUAACUCUGGAGUACCAAGCUACCAAUAACAUUGUUGUCCUUUUAGGCAUAAUAAUUUAAUUAAAAUUUAAUAAUUUUGAUGACAAAUACUUAGGAGGAAUUAAAAUCCGUUGUAGCUUCCUCUUUAUAGAAACUGCUCGCUUCUUUUACUCCCUUCAGAUAUGUUUUGAUGGCCAUAUGUACCUUGAAGCAUUCGGUAAAUUCGAGGUUUCUGUAUGGAAUACCCAGAAUGAAACYAGGUGUCUUAACUACAGAAGCUUUGUAAUGAGAGUGUAGCAGUAUAAGUGGAGUGCAUUGGAUUCUAGUYGCAGCAGUAUUUCUUUUUUGCAUUGUCAUAUAUUGCAUUUUCUUCAUAGUGAUGUGAGUGUUGCCAAAUUGUUUCCUCCUUCUUUACCCUCUUUUUCCUCUCCUCCUUUGUGUUUCCAGGGACCUUGUGCUGAUACCACUUUGAGUGUGCCUGAAGGACACUGAGGCUUUACAGAUCCUGGGGGCUGCACUGGGAAGCACUGAACACUUGGUCAGGAUCAGACUUCUAUUUAACUUUGAAAUCUGUYUCACAAGUUUGAUUGUAAAUCUGCUGCGUAAAUGCAGAUGUAUAAGCCAGUGAUUUUAUUUAUCUUCUAUUUUUAGGAGUAUGUUAUUUUGGUUUUUUUUUAUUUUUAUUUGCUUUUUUUCUUUGAAGAACUGAAAUAGAUCAGUGCCAUUUUCAAAGCUGACACUGUGGAUUGUACACAYUUAAAUGUAAACUGAUGCCUUUUUGGUUUUUUAGAAUGUAAUUAAAAGUAAACAAGUUAUUGACUUGUAAGCGGGUGGCAUUGCUUAAUGAGGAGUCCCUGCAGAAUGACAGAACCUGCUGUGUGSUUGGUCUUGUUGUGAUGGCCAGACUUUCCCUACUCUAACAAGAGCAUCUGCUUCAAYUGCCUUGUGACACAGUGACUAGCAAAAAUGCUUUUUAGAGGAGUUAGCAGGGAAGUUAAUGCUGCUGCUCUGUAAACCUCCAAGUGCUCCAAAAUCUGUUUGUUGUAGGAAUUCACGUUGUCCAGAGUUAUUAACUGAACUUGUGAAAUUGGGAUCUUUGGYAUCUGUGGUCCUGAGCUCUGCUGCUCACAGGACUUUCCUGGCUGUAAAGGCAAAUGGGCUUCUUCAGUCAACAGUUAAGUUUACUUCAAAGUGUCAAAGAUUUUUUUCCGUUAAAUGGAUUGUAUUUUGCCCUGGAUCUUUCACUAGGGUUCCCUUUGAGGGGAGUGCCUUAAAAAGAACAAGGAAUAGGGCUAAAAUGUAAAAUGGAAAAAUUAAAUAGAAAUUUUUUUUUAACUCUUCUGUUACAAAUUGGUUUCAUACUGUGCAUUCCAGUGUUAGAAGAUUCAAAUUCUUUAAGGGCAUAAAUACCAGGAUGGGCAAUAUGCGUAACAAGUAAGAGUUGUAGUUGCAUUAAAUAAAUACCACUCACUCAUUUUUUCCAAUUGCUUCUSUGAUCAGAACUGAUUUCAUCAAAGGAAAUGUAGUUUUGAAAGAGAUCUUGUUUUCAUAGUAUUUAUAAACAUUUUGGGUGCAUUCCACCUUUGCAAGGCCAUAUACUUUAGUUGUUGCUCUGCCAGACUAGUUGUUUGCAUCAAAGGCUACAGGUUUGUGUCUUUUUUUUUUUUUUGUCUGAAGAUAAUUUUUAAUAUAUAGACUUGUAUGUGUAAGGUAUUUAAGUACAGUUAGGAGAAAGAUUAAAGAUUUGUAUUGUGUGGAUAUGGAGGAUCUUAGAAAUACAUGUAUAUUUCUUUCUAUUACAAAAAAAUAUUUCCAUAUGAAAUAAUGUUGAUCAUGCCAUGCCUUAAACCAUCAUCAUCAUAAGGCUCCUAAAGUUGCAAUUAUACUUAGAGUAUUGCUAUAUUUUGGAAACAACUGUGAACAGCUAAUGCUGUUUUAAGAUUUAUAACUUACAAUAUGACAAAGCAAACACAUAAUUUCUUCCAUGUAUCAUGCAUAUUUUGUGUACUGAUGCAUUUGGUAAUUCAGUGAAAAUUUCACUGAUGAGGUUGUACUUUCAGAAAUUUUAAAAAUUACAGAUUAAUGAAAAUUGGAUGUUGAAGUGKACAGAAGUGUUCAYAGCCCUCAUUACUAGAAUGUACRACUUUGCAUCAAUGAGAAAUGCAAWCCUGGUACUCUAUGUAAGCACUGACUUUUAUAUGUAAACCCACCUUUUAUGUAGGGCAGUUUUGUCUCCUAGCUCACCCCUUGGAGGGAAGAGCCACAGAAUUCACUGUUAGUUUUAGAAAGAAGAAAUCUCUGUGCUGUGAGCACAGAGAUACAUUGCAGUACCCCAGAAUGUCAAUACCUGGUUAAAUCAUAAAGUCUACCUUAGUGUAUGUCUGCCCUUCCUCURUCUCUUGUAAGUAUUAAACAGAGAAUUGAUCAUCCUCUAAGGCAUCGCAGUUCUGACUCAUAUCAACUGCCUCCUUGUAUUCAGAACUUCUUAAAAUUAGAAAAAAAAAGAUGGAAAAAUGGAAAUACAACACUUUAAAGGCUAUAAACCUCAAGUUAAUCAGCUAGUAAACUUUCUUAAAUUUUUGUUACUUUAAUAAUGUACACUUUUAAAAAAAAUUGUAGAUGGACAGGUGACAAAGUAUUUGAGUUGUUUGUUUGUUUUCGGUUAAGAUACAAAAUUCCCCUGUCUAAGCAGCCAAAAAAAAAAAAGCCCCUUACAAAAAACCCUCUYAAUAGAGAAUACCUACUGAUUUAAAUAAAAUACAAGCUCAUAGGCAGCAUAAAGGGCAAAAGUGAUUAAUAUUUUCUCUACUGCUAUUAAACCAGGGAAUAUUUCUGUUAGAAAUUCUGGUACCUUCUAGCUUGUCUAUUACUCUGCACCACCCUUUAAACAUACUUAUUUUCUGUUUAUUUUCUCUGCUUUGUUUGUUUUUAUUUUGUGUUGUAUAUAAUAAUUCAGUUGCAACUUUUUACCAUAGCUUUUGUACAAGCAUGUGGUUCAGGUAUGGGGUCAGGUUUGCCAGUGUCUACUGCUGCUUCCUGGACUGAGCAAGAUACUAAGCAAGAAAGAUGCUGGUUUGCAUAUCAUACUUUGCCUUGCUUUGUAUCUUUUAAUUUUUAAUAAAAUUUCAUGUGCCCAGA